AUGACGCGAACAAAACAAAAUAUAGCUCCAGGUAGUGUUAGACAGGAUCGUCAUUUUCAAAGUGGAAUUUUAGAUCCUCGAGAAGGUCAACAUAAUUGGGGAAAACCUACAGAUGAAGUUAAAGAAUUACCUGAAGAUCUUAAUGUUCGAACUGCAGAAAUGCAUGAGAAUAAAUUAAAGGUGGUUGAUCCAAAAGAAUUUGAAAUACUUCAGAAUGCAGCAGCUAACCUAAAGGAGGAAUCUUAA